CAAAUGGAGGAGUGGAUAUCAUCUCCCACCUCCCCAUUGAUAGCCAUCAACUGAUCCCACACUCACUCUCAAGUUCUGAAGCUUCCUUCCGCCUAAACCCCCUAACAAUGGCUUCCUUCACAACCUUGCUAUCCAAACCCUCUUCUCUCCUUCUCCCAGCUUCCACUAGCAAAGCCUACAAUCCCCUGUUCUUGGCCCCUCAACGGUUAUACUUCGCCGUCCCCAGACCGUCCCUUCGGCACCUUCAGACGAGAGGGGUUCUCGUGACGAGGGCGGCAGCAGGGGCAGGGGCGGCCUCGGCCGCGGCAGGGAAGAAGGCAAGCAAUGAGAGAGUGCAGCAGGUGCACAACAUCGAGGAGUUCGAUGCUGCGCUCCAGGCGGCCAAGAACAGGUUGGUGGUGGUGGAGUAUGCGGCCAGCGACAGCUCCGAGAGCAGCCAGAUGUACCCCUUCAUGGUUGAGCUCAGCCGGUCGUGCUCUGACGUAGACUUCCUCCUUGUCAUGGGGGAUGAAUCGGACGCCACGCGGGCACUCUGUUCGCGCGAGAAGAUCGACAAGGUCCCUCACUUUAGCUUCUACAAGGGCAUGGAAAAGAUCCAUGAGGAAGAAGGAAUCGGGCCGGACCAGCUGAUGGGGGACGUGCUGUACUAUGGGGACAGCCACUCGGCAGUGGAGCAGCUGCACUGCAGGGAGGACGUGGAGAAGCUGAUAGAGGACCAUAAGGCCGACCACAAGCUCAUCGUCCUCGAUGUCGGUCUCAAGCACUGCGGGCCCUGCGUGAAGGUCUACCCCACAGUCCUCAAGUUGUCGAGGCAGAUGUCCGACACGGUGGUGUUCGCACGCAUGAAUGGCGAUGAGAAUGAUAGCUGCAUGCAGUUCCUUAGGGAUAUGGAUGUCGUCGAGGUCCCAACCUUCCUCUUCAUCCGUGAUGGGAAGAUCUGUGGACGGUAUGUCGGGUCAGGCAAGGGCGAGCUCAUUGGAGAGAUCCUUAGAUACCAGGGUGUCCGUGUUACAUACUAAUAUGAAGUCUCCUCCAUUGGGGGAGUGGAAAGGGAAUUGGAAUUGGAUUUACUAUUUGUUAAAUUGGGGCGACAAUUCAUGAAUAUUGAUGUUAGCAAUACGGAUGUUAUAGCUGCAAAGACGUUAUCGUUACGCGCUGACCAUUGUAUCCUAUAAUACAGUGUUAGAAAUGGUUCGCCAAAAUUUAACUUGA